CUCCAAUCUUCGAAGGGUCGAACUAGGCCCGUCAGAGAAUCAGAGCUCUGAGGCUGCUCACAUCAGGCCACCACCAACCCCUCACGUCGGCGGUGGCGUCGUCGGCGAAGGCAGAGAUGGCGUCCGUGGCCGCGGCGGAGGUCGCGGCGGCGGCGCUCCGGUCGGUGCUGUCGCGCGCGCAGCAGGCGGCGGCGCGGGCGGGGCGCGCGCCGGGGUCCGUGCGCGUGGUGGCGGUGAGCAAGACCAAGCCGGUGCCUGUCAUCCGGGGCGUCUACGACGCGGGCCACCGCUGCUUCGGCGAGAACUACGUCCAGGAGCUCAUCGACAAGGCGCCUCAGCUUCCUGAGGAUAUUGAGUGGCACUUCAUUGGGAAUCUGCAAAGCAACAAAGCCAGAGCCCUACUUGCUGGCGUGCCAAACCUUGAUAUGGUUGAGAGUGUCGAUGAUGAGAAGAUUGCUAACCGUCUUGAUCGAGUGGUAGCUGACUUGGGGAGAAAACCUCUUAAGGUUUUGGUCCAAGUCAACACUAGUGGAGAAGAAUCGAAAUUUGGAGUAGAUCCCUCAGGAUGCAUGGAACUAGCAAAGCAUGUCAAACUGAACUGCCCGAACCUUGUGUUCUCUGGUCUGAUGACAAUUGGGAUGCUUGAUUACUCCUCAACCCCUGAGAAUUUCAAGGCGCUGGCUAACUGCCGGGAAGAGGUGUGCAAGGAGCUUGGAAUACCCGAAGAGCAGUGCGAAUUGUCUAUGGGCAUGUCGGCUGAUUUUGAACAAGCGAUUGAAAUGGGAAGCACAAAUGUAAGAGUUGGGUCAACCAUAUUUGGUGCAAGAGAAUACCCAAAGAAGAACUAGGGUGUUUAACUAUAUUUGGUGCCCAAAGAACUAGGGUGCUUAUGCAUUCCUGUCAUGAUGGUAGUGGCACAGAAUCUGCAACAGAUCCAAAUCUGAUGAUGCAUCAUAUAUGUGCAGUUGUGUGCCCAUUCUACUCAGCUUAAAACAUUUUGACACCCUUUUUUGGCCCAAAGUAUCAAUAAGGAAAGUUAAUAAAAAGCAUUAGACCAC